UCAGCGAUUUGUCCGAGGCCACUUAGGGGCAAUGAACCCAUUACUCGGCUAGGGCUUCCCGACUUCUUCUCAUCACAUAUGUACCGAAAAUCUGAAGGUUACUGAAAUGUGUCCUGCAGGCUGUGCAGAUCUGGGCAGAAGAGAUCUGCAGAGGUUCCCCCAAGGAGGGCAACUGUGGGCAUCGAGCUCUGCCAUCCCCUGGACUCCAGCGUGCAGACCGGAUAGGAUGUUUACUGGGCAGGGCAGUUGCAGAAAAAUGACUGGGAAGUUUAAGCCUCAACUGCAGCUUCUAUUUCAUUAUACCGCUGGCACAGUGGAUCACGGCUUUGGAGACUGACUUCUGCCAGUCCUUACAGGAAAUGGGUGCAUCUGCAAACCCCUCAGCCGUUCUGAGUCUCACUUGUUUCCCAGUGAACGGAGAUCCUUAGAUCCACCUAAUACUUAGCGUCAUUCUGCGGCUCAAACAAGGCCUGAGGCUACUUAAAGUGAAGCUAUGUGUAGCAACAGCAACUUCUCUCCCACUCCAUCCCCAACACCGUUCUUGGACGCAUAAAACUUUUCCCCAACAUCUGACCCGCCCGGGCCCACUAAAACCCAGGCAGAGGGCGUGACCUCGAGGUGCCCUCCUGGCUCGCGCUCCGGUUUUAGUCUGGGAUUUCGGAGGGAGAUGGUCUCGAUCUCGGUCAUCUCCGGUCCACCUCAAUCGCUGUGCUUCCCGGUUAUCCGCUCAGCCAGCUCCGCUGGGCAUCUCGGAGGGUCUCUUCGGCCCCACUCGGCCGUCCAGGGGCCUCAGGAUGGAAAUCAUCAGUCUGCACCGCCUGAAAAGGUUGGCUGGGUCCGGAAAUUCUGCGGGAAAGGAAUUUUCAGGGAGAUUUGGAAAAACCGCUAUGUGAUGCUGAAAGGGGACCAGCUCUACAUCUCCGAGAGAGAGGUAAAAGAUGAGAAGAAUAUUCAGGAAGUGUUUGACCUGAGUGACUAUGAGAAGUGUGAAGAGCUCCGGAAAUCAAAGAGCAGAAGCAAGAAGAACCAUAGCAAGUUUACUGUCGCCUGCUCCAAACAGCCGGGCAACACGGCACCCAACCUGAUCUUCCUGGCAGUGAGUCCAGAAGAGAAGGAGUCAUGGAUAAAUGCCCUCAACUCCGCCAUCACCCGAGCCAAGAACCGCAUCUUGGAUGAGGUCACUGUCGAGGAGGAUAGCUAUCUGGCACACCCCACAAGAGACAGGGCGAAAAUCCAGCAUUCCCGCCGCCCCCCCACCCGGGGACACCUCAUGGCUGUGGCUUCCACCUCUACCUCAGAUGGGAUGCUGACCUUGGACCUGAUCCAAGAAGAAGACCCUAACCCUGAGGAGUCGACCUCUUGUGCUGAGAGCUUUCGGGUGGACCUAGACAAGUCUGUGGCCCAGCUGGCAGGCAGUCGGCGGAGAGCAGACUCAGACCGCAUCCAGCCCUCCUCAGACCGAGGUAGCAGCCUUUCUCAGCCUUGGGAAAAACCAGACAAGGGGGCCACCUACACCCCACAGGCUCCCAAGAAGUUGACACCUACAGAGAAAGGCCGCUGUGCCUCCAUGGAGGAGAUCCUGUCUCAGCGGGACACAGCCCCUGCCCGACCCCUCCACCUUCAGGCUGAAGAGUCUCCAGCAGCCAUCCCACCACCCCCAGGGCAGCUGUCCCGCAUCCAGGACCUGGUCGCAAGGAAGCUGGAGAAGACUCAGGAGCUGCUGGCAGAGGUUCAGGGACUUGGAGAUGGCAAGCGAAAGGCCAAGGAUCCCCCACGGUCUCCGGCCGACUCUGAGUCAGAACAGCUGCUGCUGGAGACGGAGCGGCUGCUGGGAGAGGCAUCAUCGAACUGGAGCCAGGCGAAGCGGGUGCUGCAGGAAGUCAGGGAGCUGAGGGACCUGUACAGACAGAUGGACCUGCAGACCCCAGACUCCCACCUCAGACAGAGUGUCCAGCACAGUCAGUACCGGAAGAGCUUGAUGUGAAGGACAGCACAACACCAGAACUUUUGGGGGACAGACAGACUCUUACCUCCAAGCAAUGCAGGAUAAAGUUUUUUAUUUACCUCAAUCAAAAAAAAAAAAAAAAAAAAAACCAAAACCAGAAAACAAACACAAACUCAUGGCUGUUGCUACCACUCUUCUUCCCCUACCUGCUUUCUGGGUCCUCUGCUUCCCCUACUUGCUUUCUUAACGCCCCCCUACCCAGUUUUGAGGAGCAGAUGAUCCCUAUAGCAGUAAUAAAAAAUUUGACCCAAAGCAAGAAAGCAUGGUCGGUGUACAGACACGGCCUGCUCACAUCCUACACCCUGCCCGCCUCCUGGCCCUGUGGCUGGUAGAGACCUGCACAGACUUCCAAGAGAGGGGCUGAGAUAGCAGGUUUUCUCAUGUGUCCCAUUCCACAUUUUCAGUCUGAGUGUGAAAUUUCAGCUGCCCAACUCUAGUUCUAGGGGUGUGGGGCCCAAGGCCACCUGUCCAUGCCAUAGAAGUGAAAUUUACCCCAGUCCUGAAGAGGAUGUGUGGAAUGAGAACCUCCCAGCCCCGCACUGGCUUCUCACCCAUGGCGGUCUUGAGAUUGAGCUGCUUGGGCUAGGGCCAGAGCUCAAUGGUAGAGCAGUUGCCUACCUAGCAGGAUGAGGACUGGCUUCUGUCCCCAUACCAUACUGCAAAAAAGGAACAGGUUUGGGAGAAUGGAACUGUUUGGAUUUUGUUAUUUUGACAUGGUUCCACCCUACAUCUACCAUGCUCUUGCCAGCGUAAGAGUCACACAUUACCUUGGCUGGAUGGGACUGGCUUGGUCAUCUGGGGACCUAGCAUAGGGGAACUGGAAACUGCUGACCCCACGGAAGAACUGAAUUAAGAAUGAGACUGAUUUGUGAUGCAGGCUGGGUAGGGUAAAGGGGAAAACCAGCCAUAUGUCUGGGUUCCUCUUUCAGCCACAAGGUUUCCUGUAGUCUCUAACCCCCUUCUCUGAGCAGGCCCGCUCUGGAAGACCAUCUAAACCACCUGCUCUGUUCUGUAGCUGCUGCACUCCCUUGCAUAUCACAGUGGGACCCACAGCUGCAUUUAUUUUGUUCGUAGCUUUUCUCUGAAGUUUCUAGAGUCAGGUUUGUUUUGUUUUUUGUUUUUUGUCUUUUUCCUUUUUAUUGGUACCAGGGAUCGAACUCACGACCGCCUGCUUGCAAGGCAGGUGCUUAUGCCGCUGAGCUAAACCUCCAGCCCCUAGAGUCAGGUUUUAAUAACUGAUAAGUUCCAUAGAAGAGUCAAAUUAUUUUUGGAAAGACAACUUCAUGAAUCAAGUGAAUGAGGGGCUAGAAAAUUUAUUCAACCCCUUAAAGCUUUUCAGUCCCUUUCCCCAGAUUUCUCUCCCCUUAAGAGCCACGUCCCAGAACUUCAGUGACUGAGUAGGGAGAAGAGAAGAGAUGGGGACAAGUUGCACAUAGACCCUUAGAGUUAGGAAGAUGGCCUUCUUUUAAAGAGGAAAAUGCUAUGGGAGAAAUAGGAGUCCUUCAGUUUCCAUUCUGCUCUGAUGCCAGUCCUACAACCACGUGAGCAAGGUGGGAACCUGAAUCAAACUGCUCACGCGAGAGAUUCUUGUCUGCAUCCCUCACCACACCCUGUCAUGAAUGCUUGCCCUGUAUCUGGCCUGCAGUUACCUAGUCUUCAAAACAAGUGUCCCACUUGAGUCAGUGAAUUGCAGAGUGUCACCCUGCUGUCAUGCCCAGGGUCUCCUGAGGAAUGACAGAACCGAGAUCUCCAGGCUUCCUGUCCUCCAAGUAGGCUUCAUUCCAAAACAGCCUGGUCAUCAGUGCCACAAAUAUUGAAAGUCUGACUUAAACUUACACUUUAUAAACUUCCAUUUCUGAAUGAA